GCCCGGCGGCCCCGGGCGGCAGCGGCGGCAGCAUGGCCGAGCCCCAGCCCCAGCCCCGGGGGGCGCAGGGCGAGCCGGCGGGGGCGCCGCCGCGGGUGGGCGCGUGGGUGCCGGUGCUGGUGGAGCAGAUGGUGAACGACACGCUGGUGGUGACGCUGAGCUGCGGCGAGCGGCGCUUCACCGGCGUGCUGCUGGACUGCUCCAAGAGGUCUGGAUUGUUCUGCCUCCCAUCCUCCUUCCCGAAGCACGAGGACCCUCCCGCUGGCACCUGCGCUAAUGGCACUGCCGACGGCGGGGAUGGUGCACAGGGUGAGCCGGAGGCACUGCCUGCUGCCGAAAAGCCUCCCAAGGGGAACGGUGAGGAGCAGGUGCCCCCGCUGCUGCCGCCCCCCCCACCAGGCCUGCCCCCCUACCCACCAUACUUUGAGGGAGCCCCCUUCCCCCGGCCCCUCUGGCUGCGCCACACCUACAACCAAUGGGUCCCGCAGCCGCCACCACGGACUAUAAAGAGAACGAGGAGGCGUCUGUCGAGGAACAGAGACCCAGGGAGGCUCAUCAUGAGCACCAUCAGGCUGCGGCCCAGGCAGGUGCUCUGUGAGAAGUGCAAGAACACCCUGAACCCCGAGGACGCGGCGCCGCGGCAGAACACCAAAACCAGGAGGAAGCUGAGCAUUCAGGACAAGGAGCAGAAAAAGCACAGCGACUCCGACUACGUGGAGAAAAGGAACAAAAGAGAGAAGAGGGAGGAUGACAAGUUUUCUGGGGAGGUACAUCGAACACCAGUUAUAAAAAUAUCCUACAGUACCCCACAAGGGAAAGGUGAAGUGGUAAAAAUCCCUUCCCGGGUCCAUGGCUCGGUCAAACCGUUCUGUCCAGAGCGAGUAUUGCAGAACGGAGCGGGGGACCAAGAGGAGACCAGGGACUCUGAACGGUGUCGAGAAACCAAAUGUUUAAUGGACAAGUCAGCAGGCAGCCAGCUUGCUUCCAUUCCAAAACUGAAGCUCACACGGCCAGUGCAUUCCAGUGUGGAUGUCCCACCCCCAAAGAUACGGCUGAAGCCCCAUCGCAUGAACGAUGGUCAGAGUGUUUCAAUUUAUAAGGCAGAACUGAUUGAUGAAAUGAAUGUCCUUCAGAACAGCAGGGAGUCCAAUCCCGGAGCAUUUUACAAUGAUGAAUCCACUGACAGAGGUUUGGCUGAGAUAUCUUCAGGGAGUUCAGGUGAAGAUGAUGACUUUAAAAGGUUUCCCCAGGCUAAAGAUGGACAUGAUAACUUGGCUUUCCUCAUGAAUUAUCGCAAAAGAAAAGCAGAUUCUUCUAGUUUAUCAGUGUGUAGCAAUGACAGUCUAGACGAAUCCAAGUCUUCUAGUUCAGAAGUGACAUCACCAGAACUGUGUGACUUUUUGCCUGGUGAUGAUGCGUCCGUCUCUUCAUCUUCAAAAGAUGAGCGUAAAAUUGUGCCGCCACUGACAGUCAGACUGCACACCCAGAGUGUGUCUAAAUGUGUCACGGAAGAUGGAAGGACUGUUUCAGUGGGGGAUAUUGUCUGGGGUAAAAUUCAUGGGUUUCCAUGGUGGCCAGCACGCGUUCUUGACAUAAACCUCAGCCAGAAGGAAAACGGGGAACCCUCGUGGCGAGAAGCUAAAGUGUCAUGGUUUGGUUCUCCAACGACUUCGUUCUUAUCUGUUUCAAAACUGUCUCCUUUCUCGGAAUUUUUCAAACUGAGAUUUAAUCGCAAGAAGAAAGGGAUGUACCGGAAAGCGAUCACGGAAGCUGCAAAGGCAGUCGAGCACCUGACUCCAGAAAUAAGAGAUCUCUUAACACAGUUUGAGACAUAACUUUGCCUCCAGUUUCAGGUAACAGAAGACGAGCACAGCUGUUCUCCUAGAGGGUCACCGAGUCUGUAACACCCUGACAUGCUCCCCAGGAGAACCUGGAGGCUGCCGGGAGGCAGGAGGACAAGGUUCCUGGUCAGAGUGCUCUGCGUUUCAUCCGGGACAGGUGACAGGCACCGGGACGUGGAGUUGGGAGGCUCUUCUGGUGUGAGGCUGGCAGGAAAGGCUUAAGGAUAUCUUACCCUAGAAUGAGAAUUUGACCAGUCAGACAACAAUGAACUAGGAGAACAGCAAAAGCCACACCUCGGAAUGUAUUUAUUACUUAAAAUUAGCUAUUCUUGAUAAAAUCCCCCAAAUUAUUGCUGCUGCUUAUUUUACUUACAGAUUUCACACACUUGUUAAUUUUAAAGCUACCAAACUUCUAUUCAAUACUGUACUCUGAGAAAUGUAAUUGGGUCAGGACAUGCAAUAGAAUGAAAUCAUUGUAGUGUCUUAAGUACAACGGACUCACUUUGUGUCUAUUAAACCUUGGAAGAUGUGCAACACACAA